AUGAGUCUUGUACAAAAAAUCAAAGAGGUCGAGGAUGAGAUGGCUCGUACCCAAAAAAAUAAAGCUACAAGCUUUCAUUUAGGUGUAUUGAAAGCAAAAUUAGCAAAAUAUAAAAGAGAAUUAUUGUUAGGACCAAGUAAAGGUGCAGCAGCAGGUGCAGGUGAAGGUUUCGAUGUAUCAAAAGCAGGUGAUGCUCGUGUUGGUUUAAUUGGUUUCCCAUCAGUUGGUAAAUCAACUUUAUUAACUAAAUUAACUGGUACCUCAUCUGAAGUUGCCUCAUACGAAUUCACAACUUUAACAUGUAUUCCUGGUGUAAUUAAUUAUAAAGGUGCUAAAAUUCAAUUAUUAGAUUUACCAGGUAUUAUUGAAGGUGCAAAAGAUGGUAAAGGUAGAGGUAGACAAGUUAUUGCAGUUGGUAGAACAUGUAAUCUUAUUUUAAUUGUAUUGGAUGCAAUGAAACCAUUGGUACAUAAAAAGAUUAUAGAGAGAGAGUUGGAUGGUUUUGGUAUUAGAUUGAAUAAACAACCACCACCAAUCACAUUCAAAAAGAAGGAGAAGGGUGGUAUUAACUUUUCACAUACACCAAAUGUCAAUCCAACCCAAUUGGAUAGUGAAACUGUGAAAGCAAUCUGUGCAGAAUAUAAAAUUCACAAUGCAGAUGUGAUUUUACGUGGAAAUUGUACAGUGGAUGAAUUCAUCGAUGUCAUUGAAGGCAAUCGUAUCUACGUUCCAUGUAUUUACGUUUUAAAUAAGAUCGAUGCUAUCUCUAUCGAAGAGUUGGACCUUUUAGAUAAAAUUCCUCAUUAUGUUCCAAUCUCUUCUCAUUUGGAAUGGAAUUUAGAUGCCCUCCUCGAUAAAAUUUGGGAAUACUUAAAAUUGAUUAGAGUUUACACUAAACCAAAAGGUCUCAUUCCAGAUUACAAUGAACCAGUCGUCAUUAGAGGUGGUGAAGAAGCUUCAAUUGAAACUUUUUGUAAUCAUAUUCAUAAUUCAAUUAUUAGACAAUUUAGAUAUGCUUUGGUUUGGGGUUCUUCAGCUAAACAUAACCCUCAACGUUGUGGUAAGGAUCACGUUUUAGCAGAUGAAGAUAUUGUUCAAAUUGUUAAAAAAUAA